AUGUCUGCGUAGUUGAGAGAGUCACCAACACCCCUUCCACAAACUUCGGCAGAGCCUGAUGGGAUUCUGAUAGUGAAGAUGGAAGAGGAACAGCAGGCCUGCAAUUGGGACUCCAGCCUCCAUUGGAGCAGCUGCUGCAGCCCAGAGACCUUCCGCCAGCAGUUCAGGCAGUUUGGUUACCAGGAUUCACCUGGGCCCCGGCAGACUCUGAGCCAGCUCUGGGAACUUUGUCAUCUCUGGCUGAGGCUGGAGGUACACACCAAGGAGCAGAUCCUGGAGCUGCUGGUGCUGGAGCAAUUCCUGGCCUUUCUGCCCAAAGAGCUGCAGGCCUGGGUGCAGAAGCAUCAGCCAGAGAAGGGAGAGGAAGCCAUGACUCUGCUGGAGAUUGCAGAGAGAGAGCUCGAUGGGCCAGCAGAGCAGGUCUUAUUUUUUGGACGAAGAGGGGACAUAUUUGCAGAGAAGCUAGUGCCUUGGCGAGUAACUCAGGAGUUACCAAGCAGCCAGCUCAAACCCAGCAAGAAGCAGCUUCGGUGGGCAUCGUGGGAAUGCCACUCCUUAAGACAAAAUGAUGGAGAUACCAAAGCUAGAAGUGUGGAAUCAGUCAGGCAAAAGACUUCUCCAGGCAUAGAACUGCAUUACGAUGUUUCUAACACCCUUUGUAUGAAUGCUUCUCAGAGUUUCACAUAUCGAGGAACUUGCAAACAAAAUGACAGAUUGGAAAGAAGAAAAAACCCCUCUCGAAAAAAACAACACAAAUGUGAUGACUGUGGCAAAAACUUUAGUCAGAGUUCAGCCCUUAUCCUACAUCAGAGAAUCCACAGUGGGGAGAAACCUUACACAUGUGAUGAGUGUGCAAAGGCUUUUAGCCGAAGCACUGUCCAUAUUCAGCAUCGAAGAACUCACAUGGGGGAAAAACCCUACAAGUGCCAUGAAUGUGGGAAAGCCUUUAGUCAGAGCUCAGAUCUUUUCAGACAUAAGAAAAGACACAAUAGAGAAAAACUCCCAUCAGUGUCAUAGGGACUGAAAGUAAUUGCUCAGUUUUUUCUACAGGGGAGAUGACACAAGGCACAAACUCUUUGGUAUAAAUCAGUGGUUUUACUCGACACUGGUUUCCUUCAAGGGUCAAAGAAGCCAUAGGGGAGGAUGUAGAAUACCUACAUCACUAUUGUUUGCUUUUCUGCUCAUCAAUACAAUGUCAACUCAGAUAUUUGAGAUUCCAAAGCCUAAUUCAGAUUUCUAUCCCUAAGUAGCCCUUGAAAAGACAUUCUCGGACAGGUUAAUUGGUAUAUUCCUUGUUAGACAAGUACAUUUUUUCCCUGUUGAGAAGGAAUGUGUGAGUUACUUAGUACAAAAAUGGUAUCCUCCUCCAUUUCAUAACUUGAGCAUUGGAAUUCUAAAGACAAAAGAUUAAACCACUUUACUUGUUUGCCUGCUUUCCCACAUUGUCUUCUGUUACCAGAUUCCAAAUAUAGUAUUGAGGAGACCUAGAAUAAUAUGUACUUCGAAACCUAGGCUUAAUUGUCCAGUUGAAAGCUGGACAAUGAAUAAGGAAGAGUAAAGAAGAAUUGAUGCCUUACAAUUAUGGUGUUGGCAAAGAAUAUUGAAUAUACCCUCGACUGCCAGAAGAACAAACAAAUCUGCCUUGGAAGAAGUACAGCCAGAAUGCUCUGUAGACACAAGGUUGGGGAGACUUUGAUGUACUUUGGACGUGUUAUCAGGAGGGACUGGUUCCUGGACAAGGACAUCACACUUGGUAAAGUAAAGGGUCAGCAAAAAGAGGAAGACCUUCAAGGAGGUGGAUUGACACAGUGGCUGCAACAAUGGACUCAAACAUAGCAAUGAUUGUGAAGAUUGUGCAGGACCUAGCAGUGUUUCGCUCUGUUGUACAUAGGGUCGUUAUGAGUUGGAACUGACUCAGUGGCAUCCAAGAACAACACCACAAACCUGGUGCUAUUGCAAAUACAGUGUAUAAUGGAGAAGUGUACCAUCGCUUGACUGGAAAAGGAAGCCCUUAACAGUGACAGCUAUCUUAUAGUAUCCUGUGUGUCCCCUUUUCUGGCAUAAAUCACCUGUGAAUGUGUUUCAGGCAUCACGAGACAGUCUUUUCAGGAUCUUACGCAUUCUCAGUAAGAUGAGUUUUUAGACAAGUCAUGAAAUGGGACUCUGGAUUUUUGAAGUUCUUGUACAAAAGAGGAAGUCACUAAAUUUCAACUUAAAGAGCCCACUACAGUCACUUAUAAACAAUUGUCGAACCUAACCAUUAUAGUUCAUAAGUGUUAAGACAACAAUUUUAGAGUAUCUUGAUUAGCAAGAAGUUUUACUCAUAUGAGAUUCCCUGUUUAAAAAUAAAAUGACUGAUUUGUAUAUUAUUAUUUUGAUAGUAUACAAUGUAAUGUUCUCUUUUCCAGGGAUUCUUCAUAAAACUGUUAUGUAUUACAGUAAUACACAUUGUGUUUCCCAUGGUGCUACAGUUACCCAAUAUGGAGGGAAACAUCAGAAGUGAAAGUUCUUGGAAGGAAGAGGGAAAAGGGAGGCUCAUAGUGAACUUUGCCUGAUUGGGAUCCUCAUGAAGCAUAAACACUUCAGUCUCAGAAGGUACAACUCUAUCUAGAGCUUAGAGUAACUCCAGAAAUAAAUGUGGGAUUAAUGUGCUUUGUUUAGUUACUAUAUUGGUAAAUACGAGAUAGUAGGGGGAGAAGCGAAUGCAGAUUUUCCUUGUAGAAUUUUCUGAAAGUGAUUGUGCCUUGUAGCUUUAGUGAAUGUGAAUAUACAUUGGGUUUUGUGUAUUUUUCUAUUAUUAAAUUGUAAGAGUCUUAUUUUUUCUGGGGCUCAUUCUAUUUGUAAUUGAAGAGGAACAAGGCAUCCAAUAAAGCAACAGAUGCCUCGGAGAUGUGUGUAUUGUGACUUACUGCUUAAUUAUGGAAAGACAGAGUUUCUUAGGUAAUAUGAGAAUAAAAUGACAGAAUGUAAAUUAAGU